AUGACCGACCGGACGUACGAAUUCUUGCGCCUUUGCCAAGGCCACGUCCCUCGGGUCGAUCCCCCGAAGCCCCGGAAGCAGAAGCCGCUCUCGGCCGCGCAGCAGCAAGCGCAGUUCAAUGCGGCGGCUUCGGACGUCUCGAAGGACGUCAACAAAGUAUCACAGCGGCUGCAGCAGCUCACGUUGCUCGUUCGGCAGACCAACAUGUUUAACGACCCGACCAACCAAAUCAACGAGCUCACGCAGCUCGUCAAGCAAGACAUCAACAUCAUCCACGCCAAGCUCGACGAUCUCCACGUCUACCAAGAAAGCCAGCGGGCCGGAUACUCCUCCCAUCAAGCAGCCAAGCACUCGGAUACGAUCGUGAGCCAAAUGAAGACAUCGCUCGUGUCGACCACACAAGGUUUCAAGGACAUUCUGCAGGUCCGGCAAGAGACGUUGCAGCAUCAGCACGAGCGGAAAUCUCAAUAUGGCCGAUCCAACCCGAGUCUGCUCGGCAAGCCACUGGCAUUUCAGUCCUUGCCGCGUCCGGACGGCGUGGAUGCUGGCGAAAGCGAGUCGGCGCCGCUCAUCGCCGCCCAGAGUCAAGAGUUUGUUGUAAACGAGCAAGGCUACGCUGAGUCCCGUGCCGAGGCCGUGGGCAACAUUCAAUCGCACAUUGUCGAGCUGGGCGAGAUCUUUCAGCGGCUCGCCGUCAUGAUCAGUGAGCAAGGCGACAUGGUGCAGCGGAUCGACGACAACGUAGACGAGACCGUCAUGAACAUCUCGGCGGGCCAGGAGCAACUCGAAAAGUUCUACAAUAGCCUCUCCAACAACCGCAUGCUCACGAUGAAGAUCUCGGCGAUCCUCUUGAUCUUUGUCGUCUUCUUCAUGUUCUUCCUCGCCUAG